GCCAACAGCGGAGUUGUCUGAGCUGCAGAUGAUGUGGAUGAAAUAACAGAACGGUGUCUCCGUCAUCAGCUGUGGAUGGGAAAUGUCGAGAAAAUCCCAGUUUUCUUUUACUGACAUGUUCAUGUUGUAAAUGAGUGCGUCGCUUCCUGUUUAAAGCGUGAAGUAGUGCUUUGUUUAGACUUUAAGGGGAGAAGCAGCAGCAAGCUAACGGCUAGGAAGGCUAGCUAGCGUUAGCUGCCGACACUUGCCAGCUGUAGAUAAGAGAGAGGUUUGCAGUCGACUUGCGAUGAUGAGCUAAACUGAUGCUGUGAUUGAAACCAGCGCAGAUCAAACAGCAGCAGCAGAGAUGGGUCAACUUUGGCGGCGAGACAUCAACCUGGCAGAGAGGUUGGCGAAUGACUCUCCUGUCGGCUUCGCCCCGGGGCCCCCAGCCACGGUGGCCCCACAGCAGUCCAACUCCUCCUGGGUACCAGAGACCCCAGUGGUCACACCAGAUGAGCCAAUUUUCCUCAUGACCGCCACUGCCCAAACCAUAUCAGGGUUUUUUGUUUGGACAGCUCUUCUGAUCACAUGCCACCAGAUCUACAUGCACCUGCGUUACUACAGCUCCCCAAAUGAACAGAGGCACAUAGUUAGGAUCCUCUUCAUAGUCCCCAUCUAUGCCUUCGACUCCUGGCUCAGCCUUCUUUUCUUCACCAAUGAGGAGUAUUAUGUGUACUUUGACACAGUCCGAGACUGCUACGAAGCCUUUGUCAUCUACAACUUCCUGAGUCUGUGUUACGAGUAUCUGGGAGGAGAGAGCGCCAUCAUGGCUGAGAUCAGAGGGAAACCUAUUGAGUCAAGCUGUAUGUACGGGACCUGUUGUCUGUGGGGCAAGACAUACUCCAUUGGUUUCCUCAGGUUUUGCAAACAGGCAACCCUCCAGUUCUGCGUGGUGAAACCCCUGAUGGCAGUGAUCACUGUCAUUCUCCAGGCCUUCGGGAAAUACAAAGAUGGAGACUUUAACGUGGCUAGUGGCUACCUGUAUGCGACCAUCAUCUACAACGUCUCCGUCAGCCUGUCGCUCUACGCUCUCUUCCUCUUCUACUUCGCCACACGCGAACUGCUUGUCCCAUACAACCCAGUGCUCAAGUUCUUCAUGGUCAAAUCAGUCAUCUUUCUCUCCUUCUGGCAAGGCAUGCUGCUGGCCAUCCUGGAAAAGUGCGGAGCCAUCCCUCAGAUUAGCUCGGCGGACUUCUCUGUGGGCGAGGGAACGGUUGCCGCUGGUUACCAAAACUUCAUCAUCUGCAUUGAGAUGUUCUUCGCUGCUGUCGCUUUGCGACAUGCCUUUACUUACAAGGUCUACAUGGAUAAAAGACUGGACUCGUAUGGCCGAUGUGCCCCAAUGAAGAGCAUCUCCAGCAGCCUGAAGGAGACCAUGAAUCCAGGGGACAUGGUCCAGGAUGCCAUCCACAACUUCUCGCCGGCUUAUCAGCAGUACACCCAGCAGUCCACACUGGAGCGAAGUGGGGGGCCCCCCAUCUCCCGCAGCCACAGUAACCUGAGCACCCGCGGGGACGAAAAGACCCUGCUGCUCAGCUCUGACGACGAGUUCUGAGGCACAAACACACACUCACUCUAGUCCCGUAGCCCAUAUUGGAUUUCUAUUAGCGGUGUGAAACAAAUCUGAACAAAAUUUUUGUUGGUACCUUAACAUCGAAGAUUCAUUUAGACAACAAUAAAAAGAUCAGAUUUAUUUCAGAUGUAUAGAAACAUAGUUAUCAGACUGUGGGAAGGGAUCGAGAGUUUAUACAAGGAAAGAGAGCUAAUAAAAGAGGUUGGAGGAGUUGUUACUAGUAUGGUCAGGGAGAAGAAAGAAGUCAAGAUGUUCAGACAGACAUUAGAUUUAUUAACUGGUUAUUAAAUGGUCAGUUGUCAAUUCUGUUGAUGUCAAAGAAGCCAUUACUGACAGAACAAAUAACUGUGCCUGCAUAUAGCGUAUUUAUGCUGCACUUUAAACAGAUAUAAGGUGUAUGCCAGAGCAAAUAAGUGCCAUCUACAUCUGAAACAAAUGGCCUCCUUCAUAUGUCAGUUUUCAUAUUGAUUUUCAAUCCAAACUCCUUCUCACCCCUCUGCCAAUUCUGCCUCUUACCGAAUCAUUGCCAAAUAGAAGGAGUACCAUGUGCUCAGGUCAAUGAGACACACUGUCUUAAGAUUUAGAAUUGAUUUAUAGUCAAGCAAAACUAAGCUACUUAAUUUUAAUAUAUAAGAAUUGAAUCACAUUUUUGUAUUUAAAUGUUGUAUGACCUUGAAGGUGUAACUCAUUUAAAGAGUAGUUUGUUGGAAGUUUGUUAUUCCAGAAAAUGUUUGUUUGUUUUUUGUUUUCAUUUUGUUAUGGGUUCAUAUGAACCAGUGACUCAAAGGUGUAAUUGCAUGACCCCAGCUUUUGGCUCCUCGUGCAAUGUUAUUGUCUGUGGAGCUCUGAGAGGGAACAGCUGUAGGAGGGAUAUUAGUGCGGGCAGGGAGACUGGCGGAAGGACAACGCCCACACAGAUUACAGAUUACAGAUUACUGAAGAAGCAACGCUUCCCUGCAGAGCCGGCCCAGCUGUGAUGUGCUGCGGAUUGUAAUCCCAUAAUUAAGGGCAGCACAGAUCAGGCCUGCCUCUGCUGGUAUUGUUUAUAGUGGCCUCACUGCUAAAGUAGUCGUGAGUUAGUCAGGAAGACGGCCAUCACAGACAGAUAAGGCCAUUCAAAAAGUCUCAGUGCAAACAGGGCUUUAAAUUCGACUCCCUCAUCUAGAAAAUGAAUAUAUGGGCAUUACAACAAUGUAUGCAGGCUGCACAUGGAUUUGUUCAGGCACACACUAAAGCGGUGAAGCAUUGUAAAAAAAAUAAUCCUCAAGUGAGUCAGAACCUUCAGGUCUGCCCGUAAUACUCAGUUACACAUUGGCAGAGUUAAUUGUUCAUCAAGUGAUGUUGACUAUGCGUCUUAUCAGGGGCCCGUAUAAAAGCUGCUUGUGGUCCUGAUCUUAAAUGUUUGAUGGCAGAACACAGCAAUAUAAGUGCUGACUAGAUCUUAACCCAUUAAGCCCAAUGCUGGCGCUAAAUGUGUGAUCAUUCUUUUCCUCUUGUUAUGUUAAGUGCAGAGUGCAAACUGAUUUUACGGAUCGACUCAAGUCUAUUGACGGAAAUUAAACAAACAGUGAAGUCCUUGUUUGUAAUGAAUGUAAGCCAAGUGAAAAAUGAACUGCCAAAUUGAUGUGUAUCCUCAAAAGAGGACAAUCAUCUUCUUAAUGGGAAAAUCGUUUUCAAUUAGGGGGAUAAUGAAAGUGUUGAACAGUUUCCUGGUGUGACUGCUAAACUAUAUCCUCGACUCUGCCCCAAGUUAGCAGCAUAUCAAACUCAAGCGUCUCGAUUCAAAACACUAUCAAAUAACAGUUUUGAUACUAUGUGUUUUAAAAGCUGGAUAUUAAUCACAAAGAAUAGUAUGAGUAUAUAAAACCAGGAAAUAUUAUACCUGAAAGAAGGGAAUGUUGUAAAUAGAGUUAAACUCUGUGGAAGCACUGCGGAACAUUCAUGAUGAUGCCUGUUAUGGCAUUGCUUUGUGUAGUGCUUUAGUUAAUGUUUUAAUUUCCAUAUGAUCUCUUGUUUUAUUUCUGUUGUACACUUAUUGAUUUGUAUAUUGGCAAUAGUAUCUCUUGUUUUGAUGCUAUAAUGGUUUCUGUUGUUAAAAAAAUGAAAUAAAAUACAAAAUGCAAAAAA